CUCGCGCACGCGCAGCCUCGCAGAGCUUCGCCGAGCCGAGCGCGGAGCGCGUCACGCACAAGCACGCACGCAGCAGACUAAGGAGCAGCCAAGAGCCCCGCGCACAAGUUCCGCCUACAAGACGCCUGAGGUCCGUCCGUCAUGGGAGGCAAACUGAGCAAGAAGAAGGGCUACAACGUCAACGACGACAAGACUAAAGAGCAAGACGCCAAGGCAGGGGAGGCGUCCGGUUCCGACGACAACCAGGUAGCCGAGAACGUCAAAGAUGAGACCGCCCCUGCCGCCAAGGACGUGACGCCCACCAAGGAGGCGGCGCCGGCCGCAACCGCCGUCGCCGAGGAGCUGGAGAAAGGGACCAACGCCGAGCCUAUAGCGGACGGCGAGGUCACCAAGACCCAGGAGGCUGCGCCUGAGCCCACCCCCAAGGAGGCCGCCGCCCCCGCCGUCAAAGAUGAGGCCGACGCCAAAAAGACUGAGGCCCCCAAAGCUGAGGCGGACCCCAAAGCCAGCGAGACCCCCAAGGAGACCCCCAAGGAGUCGGUGGCCCCCGAAGCUCCGCCCAAAGAUUCCGCCGAGGCACCAAACAAGGAUCAGAGCAAAGAUCAAAGCACCAACGCUCAAGAUUGAUUGGUGGACACCCGCGGGAAAGCCACACCCACUUUGGACAAUAAUGAGAAUCAAGAAUGACCACCGACAAACCCGCUGGAGCGACACCCGAACCCGCCCGUCAUCUCAUGCCGUCGCAUAAUCGCCUUGGCCAUGCCCCCUCAUUUAAAACUUUCUUAAAAUGGUCCCAAAAUAGUCAAAGAUUUCCUAAAUAGUCAGUAGCAGAUUUGUAUUUAAAAUACAUUUUUAAGAUUUCUACGCUGGUUUGGAACCUUAGCUUUAGUACUCUACGCAACUCUGAUCUGAUUACAAUCUGAGUCUGGCCUUCUUUUAAUCUGGUUCAGGUCUACUUUGAGUCUGAUUCCGACCUAGACUAGAUAGGUUCUAAUCUGGGUCUGAUUUGGCACUGAUCUAGGUGUAGUCUUGUUCUGAUCUGGGUCUAGUCUAAUUCCAUUCGGGUUCUUGGGUGGUACCAACCUUUUACUCGUUUUGAAGCAGUCUGCUUCUGAAUUGGUCCUGGUUUAUCUAAUCGUCAGGUUCUAAUUUGGUAGUAUGGCACUGCCGGUGGUAGGCUCUAGAUUAGUCUUGGACUGCAUUUGAAUAAUCUGGUUCUAAAUUAAAUCUGGUCUGUUGGGACCAGUCUGGUACUCGAUUGGCACUGGUCUGGGAAUAGUCUUUUUCUACAUUGGUUCUACUUUGGAAUGGGUCUGGGUUUAGUCCAGUUCUGGUCUUGUUUUAAAUUGGGUCUGAUCUAAGUAUGUUCCAGUUCAUGUUCUAGUCUAAUUCCAGUUUGGUUCUUAUCAGGUACUGGACUACUUCAACUCUGGUGCUGAUCUGAUUUUAGUCUGCUUCUUGACUGGACCUGGUGUGGCUUAACUCAUUCACUGCCAAACCAGUUAAAAUGGCUCUUUGACGUCUAUAGACGUUAAUGGCAGUGAAUGAGUUAAUUGCUACUGAUCUGGUCCGGGACAAGUGUGGAAAAAGUCUGAUUCAAUAUUUGUCCUGGUCUAGAUUUUGGUGCUAGUUCGAUGCUGGUAUGCAUAGGCUAAUGUGGUUCUGAAUUAGUUCUGAUCUGGUUCUAGUCGCCAGAGGAAAAAAAGCAGACAUCAGAACGGGGACGUCUCAAGGUUUUGGAUGCCAAAUUAAAAUGGGGGGAAGCUUGUUUCUAUGGCAACCGUGCUUGGCAACUCCUCAUUCUCAUAAAAGUACCGCGUGCACACGCAUGUGCAGGUCGUGUACAUGCAUGUGUACGCGUGUGCAGUUGAAAGUUUGAGGGUACCUUGUCCUGCUCCUGAGUGAGAAAGUCUCCUCAAACUUUAGACUUCACGUCGACACGGUCGUGGCAUACGUGUCAUCGCGUGUUCUGGCCUUAAUUUGCAUGUGCGUUCCGGUCCCAUCUUUUGGGUCCGUUGGGGAAAAGCUGGUGUGCGUUUCCAUGCCAACCGUGUGUCUCCAUCCCAGCCGGCGGUGCUCGCUCUACGUCUCCUAGAAAACAAAAUACUAAGAAAUUAAAGUUUCAAAGUUGUAUGUUGACUUGUUGAAAUUGGUGCAACAGUCGCAAUAAAAAAAAAAAAAA